AUGUCUCUCCAUUCUGGAUAUCACUUCAUCUAUGAUAUUCGCGGCAAACCCAUUGCCCUUCCCGUGGAAACCAGUUCGAAUCCCAGAGCUGUUCUCAGGCAUAUCAAGGAUGUUCCGCCAAUCUUUGCAGUGUGGAACAUUGAGCAAGGAUCCGAACCAGACACAUACAUUUUAUUCAACAGGGGCAGCUACACCUCUCCGACCGAUGGGUUGGUUUGUGCUGUCUUGACUGAAGGAAAACCCCCAGCUGAAGAAUGGGUUAUUGAGCCUGCCCCCGGGUACCCACCUGACAGUAACAAAUACAUGUACGUGGAUCAUGUUAUUUUCGAGCCUGAAUUGAGCGUUAAACGUCAAACCCUCAUCAGUAUCUUGACCAAUAACAGGGAAUCGGCAUGGAUGGUUGCCGAAGGGAAAAAAGAAGCUCAGGUUGAAUCCCGUUCUUCGUGUCUCGCCUCUGUGUUCCAGAUCCUUUGUACUCCUCUGCCAGGCUGA